UGACAUUCUGGGUUAUAAGGUAAUUAUUGCGUUCAGCCAGCCAUGGUCGCCAAAGUAGUGCUUCAACUGACCCUAGUGCUUGGCAUUAUAGCAGUGACAAGUGUCAUAGGCCAAAGGAACAUUGCACUGUCAGGCCCUGAGAUUGAACUAUUGAGGCUUGGCCAAAAUCCCAAGCUUCUCGAGUUUGCUGCUUUGACUUUAGAGACAGUAGUAGUAGUAAUUGAAGAUCCUGAAGUUGUUGCUGUUGUACAAGAGAAUGUCAAUGCCAAUUUUUGGUGCCUGCCUUGGCUGCAAAAUUUUCCUGGAGGAUCGAUCAGAUGGUUGUUACAGAGGACAGAUGUAAUCACUGGAGAUCCUGUUGCAGGAACUAGUCUUUUAGAGAUAUCUGGAGAGGAUCCCUUGUUGCAAUUCGGUGGAGACUUUAAUGAAUGGCUCAAUUUAACAUCAACGAUUCUCGUUCCAGGCGCUGUAUCAACUUCCAAUGGCUUGUACAUUUGUGAAGUUUGCCUUUUCCGUGGAACGCAAUUUGAAGAGUGCCACUUCGCUAACACCUCUCUGCAAGUUAUUGGAGGUCCUCCUAUUCUUGAUGUUGCUAUUGACAACAAUCCUGUUAGUGUAACUGGUACGGGAAUCGACGCUGAAAAUGAGUACUUAAUAGGAUCUGAUUUUUGCAUUGACCCGAACUUCCGAGGAAUUGUUACUAUUCUCUGCCAAAUAGUCAAUGCUGAAUCAUACACAAAAGUAUCACGAGCCUUUCCUGUUCCAUUCCGUUCAUGGUCACUCGAUGAGGACUUACUCUACUCAGAAUUAAGUACCAGUACUCCAAGCAUUGUGGAUAAACCAGAGUUUUAUUUGACGACAGUGGAACGUAUGGUGUUGAUGCCACAAUACUUCUUUCCAGAACCGGUACUUAGCACUCCGCUUGUUGGUCGUCUGCAAGGUGGAAUUCAAUUGAACUUUGAACUGUUUAAUGCAUCGUUUGCUCCUUUAUUUGACUCUCUUGGGGCAGCAAGGAGGGCGGCUUACCAGGCUGUGGUCGGAGCUUGGACUUGUCGGGCAAACAACGCAUUUGGAUCAGACAUGGCAACUUCAAACAUCAGAAUUUGUGCCGCUCCUGAUGUUCAGGUCUGCUCUCGCACCCAGUCCCCACAGACUGGUGAUGUUGUCCCUGUAGGGUGUACUGUUUGCAUUCCGGAAGGUGAUGUCGUAACGCUGAACUGCACUGGACAGAGUGUGUCGGAGGUAUUUUACGAGUGGAGAAAUGGUGCUGGUAUAGUCGUGUCCACCUCACCUCUGCUCACUACUGGUGCUAAAGACAGCUACACUUGUACGGCUACAAACUUAGACCACAUACCAGCAAUCUUUGUCUCCAUGGUUGCCUAUAGGAAUGCUGUCACUUUCACUGUUGUUCAAACUAAAGAUGAAUUUUCCUCUUCACUCCGGAUGGACAAUGGCUCCUCAAGGUUGAACAACCAGGCUGGACUUGAGAGUGUAGCUGUCUGUGCGUUUGUUGGGGAGACACUUGAGCUAAACUGCGCUACUGAUGACAAUGCAAUGGUUCCGUUAGAAAUCACAGCUCCUGAUGGGAGUAUGGCAAUUGGAUCACUGAUUGUGUCGAGUGUGGACAUGGGUGACGAAGGAACUUACAGCUGUCGACUGAGCAACGACCCAGGUCCUUGUGGGCAAGCAACUGAGCAGAGAGAAGUGCGAGUAUUUGGGUCUACUCCCCCCUCCCGCGUGACUGGUCUCUGCUCUGUUGUGGUUUGGACCACUCCCACAAGGUCGUAUAGGAGGAUCACUGGCUAUGAUGUCAGGUUCGUUUCUCAAGGGUCUGGUUUGGAUCUUGUAGUGUCUAAAAGGAGAAGAGAAAAUUUCCACCUCAUCAGAGAUACAGGACUGACCAGUACAGACAACAUCAUGGUGCAGGUGAGAGCAAAAACAACAGCUGCAGAUGGAAAGUGGAGUGAGCUUGUGCCACUUGGUUGCAAGAAUGCUGUAGGAUCCUAAGGCCUGAACUGAAUACUUCACCGUUUUGAACUGAACAAAAAUGUAGACCUAGAUCUAGUGAGAUUUUGAUUUUGUUGGUAGGGCUAUUAGACCUACCUGCUGGUUAUGUUUCAAAGACGUAUACUAUAUAGUGGGAAAUGUUC